AGGAGGCGGGUCUUUAGAAAACUUGGAGCGCGUUCAGUUUGGGGAGCUGGAACUUUGGGAGUUGCUUAGCUGGGGGGUCUUGGGGACAGGGUUGGAGAAAGGCGGAGGGGCGGGUCGGCCAGGUUUGCCCGGAUUCCACGCAGGAGCAGAUCGCGGGUGAGGGAAGCGGGACCAUGGAGCGCCUCGCCCUCUUUGUCUCCGCAGCGCUUUUGCUCCUGGCCACCCAGAGCAGAGGACAAGACUUCAACUUGGAAGAUGCACUUUCAGAUGUUGCAGAGCCAACAAAGAAGCCUACUCUUCCUACCAAACAUACACCACCACUUGAUGACUUUGACUUAGGAGAUGCCGUGGGUGGGGAUGACUCCCACAAACCAGACCCACCAAGGCCUCAGCCAAACCCUGGAACUCAUGAAGACUCUGGGGUACUAAGUGAUGCAGACUUAACUGACGGCGGACUGCCUCCAGCUGAUCCUCCAGCUGGCCCUGGAGGAGGCCGUGCUUCUAAUCCCUCCCAAGGUGGACAUGGCUCAGGUUCCAAUGAAAAUGCAGAAGGUUCUCAAGGAAUGGUGGCUGGUAUUAUUAGCUCAGUAGUAGUGGCAAUAGCUGGGGCUGUGUCAAGUUUUAUAGCUUACCAGAAGAAAAAGCUCUGCUUCAAACAAAGUGAUCAAGAGAAUGUCAACAUGGAAAGUCAACAAGGAGCACAUGCAGAACCACCUGUUCAACGUACCCUCUUGCAGAAAUCAUAGUGAAAUGGAAGAUGAAGAGAAUCCCAGAAUCUGGAUGGAGAAUUUACCUGUCUCCCUGAAAAGAAUACAAUACAUUUCAGGCAACAAAAUAAUGAAACUAAAAAGUAGAAUUAAAAUAGUCCUGUUGAUACAUCCUAUAAAAGGAAGAAGGGUGCUUUAAGAAAUGAAACUACAUAUAUCUCUAGUUCAUUCUUUAGAAACUCAAAAAUUGCAUUUGACUAACCAUUGGCUUGAAAGCAUUCUGGUUGGAAAUCAUUGUCUGAAAUCUUGUUCUUUUGCCCGAUGGGAGGGAACUUUGAAAGGGGAGCUGAUUUUAGCAUAUACUAUAAAAAUAUCAUUUGGGAGGCAGGUCCCAUUUGUUGCAUCUUAUGAGCUCACACAUAAGAUGCAUCUAUAUACUGACAGUCCCUGAGUUACAAACAUCUAACAUAAACAGCUUACAGUUAAGAAUGAGGCUGAGACAACAGGAAGUGAGAAAAAUCUACCCCUUGGAAGGAAAAUUCACUCUUGAGAGAGUUCUCAUGAGGAAGGGGUGUCUUAACUGAAGUUUUAUCAUGAAUCUUUGUUUCCACAACAAGCCAGAUUUUUCAAAAUCCAAUUAUCACAGGGUCAGAAAAUAAGGCAAAAUCUUCUGAACAAGGGUACACUCAGCAUAACAAACUCCACAGGGGUGUUAACCCUUCUGUAUACUAUUAAAAGAUCACAUGUGUAUACACACUUUUAACAUGUACCUGCUCCAACAUACAAAUAAACUUAAGAAUAAAACUACAAAACCUUUCUUGUUUGUAACUUGGGAACUGCCUGCAUGCAUGCCAGGCCUUCCUUCAGGCCCCUGGUUUGUAACAGGCCACUUAUUUGUUUGGAAAUGCAAUACAUGCUUGCCAUUGCCUCAUCAUUCUCCCAUUCCUAAUUAGAGUACGUGGAAGCAUCCUCUUAUACAGAGGAAUUGGUAUCUUAUAGUACCUUUGAGAUUGAGAAAAAGAAAUUGUAGCAUCACAUUUCAUAGACUUAGCCUAAGGAAAGUUUAUGAUAUAAUUUCUUUUCCUUGAUAUAAGAGUUGUGCUACAAGAUCCCCAGUCAUACUGAUAUUCUGGACUAACCUGUCUCUGUUUUUAAUUAUAUAGAUUUUUUUUUUGCAUUUGGGGCUAUCUUUGGCAAAGAGCAGCCCAACCAUAGGUCCCAAAGCCAAAUCUGACCUUCCUGAAGUCUCAGUCCAACCAUUUGCAGUUGUCCUUGUGGCCAUGUUUUCUUUUUCAUCUCACCAUUAUUCGGUAACUAUGAUUUUUUUCCCUCUGGAAAAGGUUGAAAUGCCUUUCCUAGGACUAAGAUCUAAAGUAGGCCUCUUCAACCUGAGGCUCUCCAGGUGUUUUGAACUUCAGCUCCCAGAAUUCCUAACCAUUGAACAAACUGGUCAGGGUUUCUGGGAGUUGGAGGCCCAAAUACCCGGAGGGCCACUAGUUGAGGAGGCCUGAUCUAAAGAAAGCAAGUAUUUUGGGUCCCACCCUUUUGCCUCUGUCCCCCAACACCACUGGCAUGUGACCCUAAACUUGAAGUUGUGCCGGGUAACCGUAACUAUUAAGAACUGUCCUGAUUCCUUCUGUGCAGCCAUGUCCAGUGUCUUUUCUCUGGGGUCACAUUAAGAAUAUUUGGCAGAUGCCUAUAAUAAUGCAUCUGUUGGCCUUAUAAAAAAGUAAUUAACUUAAUGUUUGCUUUCAUUUUGAAGCCAAUCUGACAUCAUACCUUUGCCUUCCUAUGCAGUACACUAGAAAGUGAGGUUGUUGAAGUGACUGCCUUAUCUUUCAUCACUUGGAAAUGAUGUUCUUAAGAAAAGACUUGUACAUGUUGCA